AGGGUGAAGCGGCAUUGGAGCGACUCGGCGUCUAUUUUAGCAGGGAGCACGGUGUUCGCCCCUCUCAUGCAACUGUUGCUGCUGCUGCUUUCGACCCUGCAAGCACCAGCAGCGAAGGUCCUAUUAACGUCCGCACUGCCAGCACCAGCACCAGCACCAAAGAUACGACAAGUCUUCGCGCCACCAGCACCAGCACCAGCAGCAGCACCAGCAGCACCACCAGCAGCAGCACGGGCAGCGGAGGCAGCACGGAUCCGCCCAUCCGCAUCACCAUAGGCACGGGGUUCCCCCGCCCCCCCCGCUGGUGGUGGGGCGGGGGGUCAGGCGGCUCAUCAAAGAAGUCUACAGGCGGGUCUUCCCGCGGGCUCAUGAAGCCGUACAGCGGCCGAGUCCCCAGCUACGCACCCAAGACUAUUUCAUACAAGUCCGGUCCCGUGAUGUCCCAACCUCUCGAAGUCUACCUCAUCUGGCACGGCACGUGGCCCGCCGCUCAGAAGACGCCCGUGCAGAAGUUUGUCGACUCCAUAUCCGACACCACGCUCGCCAACAAGCCCGGCAGCGUCAGCGACUGGUGGAACAUCAACCGCCUCUACAAGGCCGGCGCCACCUAUGUCACCUCGACUGUUUCUCGUAGUAGCACGGAGAUUGACAUUGCAGCUGCAUCGUCAGCCUCAGGGCAAACCCCGUUGACAAAAGCCGAUCUGCUCGCGCUCAUCAACUUCCAGAUCCUCUCGGGGUCGCUCCCGCGAAUCAGCAGUGCCGUCUACGUCAUCUUCACAUCUGCUGACGUGGAUGUGGAUGGAUUUGGGUCCGAGUUUUGCGCCUUCCACAGCGUCAGCGGCAGCAUCAAGUGGGCGUGGGUUGGCAUGCCCGAGAAGGUGAGUGGUCGGUGUGUGUGA